UUCCUUUCACCUAUCGAUACUUGUAAGUUAUUUUGUUUCGAUAAUACAUAGUGGGGAUGACAGGUGAUACCAGAGUUGUGGUCAAAGGGAGAAGCUUACGGUUUCAUGGUUUCAUCCAUUUGGUGUUCGAUUUUUGUUGACUAGGUUGAAGGUUAAGAAACGUGGAGUGAUUACAUUUUCAUCUGCUCGAUGACCGUGUGAUCGGGGAUUGUGCUGAUGACCAACUGCUAUGAUGUCCGAUGACGAAGACGAUCCAGUAAUCGAUGAGAUACCUGUAUUUUUAACCCAUGAUCUUUCGGAAAAUCUGUUUGUAUAUCAGUAUCCAGUACAACCAGCUGCUUCUGUUGGGAAAUACAAUGUGAUCAAAAGCCAGAUCAAACCUGAGAAUCAAGAAGUUGUCUUGGAGGUAUCUUUGGACACCCAAAAUGCUAACUAUGACAAAGCCCAAGGCGAACACUUGGCUCAGAUUGUUGACAAAGAUAAACCAGCUUCGUCAAGGACUUACCCUAUGAAGAUUAUGGACAAAAUAAAAUUAGAGUCGAAAAAAGCCAAUAUAAAUAGGGAUAACUUUGCAAUCGGUGUUAUGAAUAGAAGGCAAUUAAUUUUAUCCCCGAUCAGAGGUAUAGUCUCUAUGUUUCCAACCUUCUCGCAUAAGUCAAAUCAAGAGUCUGACCAAAAAGAAGACGAAACAAAAAACAAAGAAGAGGCAAGACUGGUCCAUGUACAGUUUGCACAAGUGGAAACGGAAAAAUCCAAAAAAGCACGAGAAUCCAGUUACAAUUACUACUGCGAAAAAGCCAGUAACGAGCCAUGGUAUUCAACAAAAUAUCAUGAAGAUGAAUCACCAUUGGCAAAAUUUGAGCGAGAAAGGUUAUGUUGUGUGGGUACACAGAGAAAAUUCGAAACUCCAAUGGAACUUUCUUGUGAGAGUUAUUUAGAUAACCUUCUUCCUAAAGAAGUCGAGACUAACCAAGACAUACCAGAGUUACCUGACCAUUUGACAUCAAUCAAUAGUCUAAAGGAACUUAGUGAGCAAGAUCAAGUUAGGAAAGUUCUAGAUCAAGUGAAAGUAACUGGUGCAAUUCAAUUAAGCUGGUUGCUUUCCAUGGAUUUAGACAAAGUGGUUCAAUGCCUCCAAACAUGUGCUGUUUUGGUGCUUGGCAAUUGGGUCCUCCGGAGUGACUUGCUCUACAGAGGCCCUAAGAAUGGGAUUCCCCAAGAGGUCAUGGCAAACUCACGAGAUUAUAUCCUGCAUGAAUUUCAUCAAGGUAGAACCUUGGAACGUAAAAACCUUGGAAGUGUAAUUGCUUUACCAUUUGAAGAAGUUAAAGAAAUCAUGAGCCAAGUUGGUGUUCUUAAGCGCAACAAACUGUGGCAGUUCAGGCUUCAACCUGAUGGGGAAUUUAUGAAAAGGUACCCUGAUGUAGUUGAACAGCAGAACCUUCUAUGGAAGGUGCGAAUGAGAGACAUAGAAGAACACUUUGGUUUUAUUACACCUGGUCAAGCUGCACCUCAGAAUCAAAGGCGGCGGAACAAUUCUGAAUCGUCAACAACAUCUACAACUCAAGCGUCUCCACAUAGUGCAUCGAGGCGGAGGAAGAAUUCGUCUGUCAGUUCGGAUGAUUCCUCUGAGCCGACUGCAGCUCCUCGGCGGAGAAACAGGAAAAAGAAUGAAUCCAAAAGUGCAAUUAUCAUGCCAACAGAUAUUAAGAUUAAAGAGGAACCCCCAUCAUGACAAAAAAAGCAAAUGGUUGUAAAUUAACAACGGGCAAAUUUAAUCUCCUGGAUACAUUUAAUUGGACCUUUUUUAUACAUUGUUAUUUGUUUGUGAAGGGAUUAACCUUAGAUUCAC